AUGCUCUCCUCCUCCAACGCGCUCGCCAAGGGCCCCGCCGCCGCCGCCAUCGCCUCGAUGGCAUACCAGCCCGCGCUGCGGCAGCAGCUCAUCAGCCAACGCCUCGACCGCCGCCCGUUGCGAACUAGGCCAACCAGCCCUCGCUGCGACAGCCUCGCCGCGCUGCUCGAGCUCGACGUCGAGACCUCGUACCACGCCGUGCAGGCCAUCGCACAGUUCGCGGCCGACGAGCGCUUCCGGCAGGUUCUGCCGGAGGCGGGCGCCAUCGGCCCCCUCGCCGGGCUGCUGUCCUCGCCGCAGCCGCACGUGCAGCAUUGCGCCCUCUCCGCCGUCGCCAACCUCUCCUUCGUCCCGUCGGCGGUGGGUCCGCUGUGCCAGAGCGGCGCGCUGACAGUGGUCGGGCAGAUGCUCUUCUCCCACGACGCGGCGGUCGGCGGGCACGUGGCGCUGCUCACCCAGCUCUCUUCGCCGUCGCCCGACGCGCAGAGCCAGGCGGCAAUGUCCAUCGGCCACAUGUGCCGUCACCGUCCGGCGGUGCAGGCGCUUCUGCAGGCGGAGACGGUGCCGCUGCUCUCGCACCUCCUCCACUCGCCGCACCCGGCUGUGCAGCUGCAGACCGUCUACGCGCUCGGCGCGCUGGCGGCGGAGGAGGAGGCGGCGGCGAGUGCGGUGCAGGUCGCCGGCGCCGUGGCGCCGCUGACGACGCUCCUCCUCUCGAGCGGCGCCGUGGAGGUGAAGCAGCACAUCGCGCUCACGCUGGCGCACACCGCUUUGCUGGACGUGCUCGCCGCCGGCGCCGAGGCGGAGCGGCAGGACAACCCCGGCCUCCCCUCGGCGCCAUCGCGGCGCCCUCUCGGCUGUAGGAAGCGAGGCGGCGUGCCCACCCUGCUCCGGCUGGUCGAGUCGAAGAAGCCUGCCGCCGUCGCACCCGCCGCGAGGGUCCUCGCCAACUUGCUUCGCGAUGAGCCGCCGGCCGGGCUCCCCGAGGCGGCGGUUGCUCCGGCGCUAGUGCAGGCCCUGUCGACGGCGAAGCCUUCCGCUGUGGUUGACCUGCUCUCCGCGCUCUCCCACGAGGGCGUCCCCCUCGUCUCGGUCUGCGCGCAGUGGGCAUCCGACGAGGCAGCGGCCAAGGUCUGCCGCAGGCUCGUCGAGUGCCGCGCCGACCCGAGCUGCCGCUCGCGCGCGGGGCUCUCGCCGCAGGUCAUGGCGGCGCGCUCGGGCAACGCGGCGACGGCGGCGGCGCUCGCGCAGCUGACCGAGAAGCUCACCGACGGCGCGCGGGAGGGGCUCGACGCGGCGGCCGCUGGCCAGCCGCCGGUGGUUCGAAGAGCGACCCGUCGAGGCCGCGGCGGGAAGAACAAGAGCUGAGCACGCACGCCGGGGCGGAGUGGCAGUCUUUGUGGCGUUUCGGCGUGGUCUUGCCAGCCUGGUGAGGGGCGGGGUGCCGAGGCAUCGUCUCACCAUGCGUGAGGUCUGACGCUCUUCCUCCAGAUCUGAGACGGGGCCGGGUGAGAGAGAGAGAGAGAGAGGGAGCCGAGCGAGCGGUAUGAUGACGUUCUCACACGGCUCUGACACUAGAGAGCUUCCCUCUACGUAGCUGUGGUGCUCGUGACUUUGCUCGUGCUGUUGACGUUGAGAGAGCUCCGGCGGCCCGCGCGCAUGC